AUGGCGCCUUCCAUAUCAGCCUCCUUCGCAAGUGCACCCCUUGCGGACCCUCUGCGGCCCCGUUGCGGCUCCUUGCGGCCCCUCUACGGCCCCGUCGUCGCCACCUGCAGGCCCAUCGCCGUCACCUGCGGCCCCGUCGCCAUCACCUGCGGCCAUCCCGCCGCCACCUGCGGCCCUGUCGCCACCACCUACGGCCUCGUCGCCGCCAACUGCGGCCACGCAGCCGCCACCUGCGGCCCCAUCGCCGUCAGCUGCGGCCAUUCAGCCGCCACCUGCGGCCUCGCCACCACCUGCGGCCCCGUCGCUGUCACCUGUGGCCCCAUCGCCCUCCCCUAG